AUGCUCGUCGAUCCGCUCAUACUUCUCAAGGAAUGCUCAUCGACGGUGAAAAGUGGGCUUGUGAAGCUUGCGUCCGCGGACACCGUGGUCGACCUUUCUCCACCUGCUCCGUAUGCAACAACACUCCCUGUCCAACACCAGAAGAGCAUACCAAGCUCAAACGCGAGGCCGAGGCCAAAUCCUCUUCAAAACAGGCUGAUGUUGGGUUGUUUCAUUGAGUUUCGCUUGUUCCAGAGAGGUGCCGCCAGAGUCUCUUCGCGUUCGAAUUCUGUCUUAGUUCCCAUUGCACCGAGACCGUCGUCGAAUUCGCCGAGUCCCCAGAGUCGUCCCCAGAUCAUGGCCGGUUCGAGUCCCGUCGUGUCUCCGCCUCCGCAGCAGCAAUCGCAGCAGCAACAGCAGCAGUUCCACCUGGAACAGCACCCGUCGUUUGCGCGGUCGAGUAUGGCGCUGCCGUUUACGGGUGGCGAGUUUGUGACGCCGGCGUUGUGUUCGAUGGGUGAUGUGCCUGUGUCAUUGUCGAUGAUUAGUCCGUUGGAUGCGGAUCCGACGGGGCGGUUGUUGUUUGGGGAGGGGCCGUUUGGGGAUGGCGGGUUCUCGUUGGAGGAUUUGGAUGUUGGGGCGUUGGAGAGGGAGGUUCUUCAGGAGGAUUGGUCGUGGUUGUCCGAGGAUGCGCUCUAACAUUUGUGGUGGGGUGGGAUGCGUAGGGAUGGGCAUUAAAAGGAUUUAUGAUGAUGAUGAUGAUGACGAUGAUGAGUGACGAUCUUGUGAUUUUACCUUUGGGUGGGUUCUUCCUUCUUUCUUGGAUUUAGCUUGUAUGCUUAAAGGGGGGGGGUUACGUUCUUUCAUGCAUAUAUGUUCGUGUCAGUGCCAUAGACUAUAUGGUCAAGUACAUAUGUCUGCGAUAAUGAGACCAAUGCUAUGCGCAUCGAAGAAAA